AUGGACAAGACAUCUUCCGACCGGUUCGUGUUGUACGGUGGCGACCUACGCAACAGCAUUGAAGACGGAUGCCGUUCGCUAGGUGAACUCAUCCUAAAGCGCUUGCACCGCAAUGGCGACGAAGUGGCCCUGAUCGAUGGAGUAUCCGGUGAAACGCUCACGUACCACCAGAUCCUUGCUCGUGUCCUUAAACUCGCCAACCGCUUCCAUCGGCUCGGUAUCAAGCGUGGUUCCGUGGUGGGUAUCUGCAGCGAGAACACCGUCAACUAUCCGGUCAUCACGUUCGCUACGAUCCUGCUCGGUGGAACGGUCCUUCCGAUUAACUCCGGCUAUAGCGCUUCCGAGCUAACGCACGUGCUUCGUCUGACCCAACCACGGGCUUUAUUCGUGUCCGAACCGGCACUUCAACGCGUACUCGCCCUACGCAAUCAAUUACCUUCCAUUAAGCUGCUUGUGGCCCUCGGUAACUCGGUAUCUCGCCAGCGUGGAGUCGCCCUAUGGAAGGACUUCUUCGAUAGUGGACCCGUACCGGGGCUGACUGGCUUCACGCCGCAACCGGUUCAACUCCAGCAGCAAGUCGCCGUCCUUGUGAUGUCCUCAGGUACCACGGGUUUACCAAAGGCAGUCCAGCUGACACACCACAACCUGAUGACCGUAAUAGCGUACCAGGCUGAAGAUCCACGCUACACCCAGCUGCCCGUACCGGUACGCCUUCUUGGACUGCUUCCAUUCUACCACGUGUUCGGGUUCAUGCUGUCGCUCAACAGCUGCCUGAACCGAGCACCGAUGGUGGUCCUGCCACGGUUCGAACCGCAUCUGUUUCUGCGCACGAUCCAAGAUCAUCGGGUGACCAUGAUGAGCCUGGUGCCACCGUUGGUGCUGUUCCUAGCGAAGAGUCCGCUUGUGGCUGAGUACGAUCUGAGUUCGCUGCAUGCCGUCUUGUGUGGAGCUGCUCCGUUGAGUCGUGAGGUGGAGGAACUAGCUCUAACCCGACUGCCAAAUGUGCGUGGCAUCCGCAACGGGUACGGCAUGAGUGAGACUUCGUUGGGCGUGAUUUCACGCACGGACGACAAGGUAGGCUCCUGUGGGAAAGUGCACCAAACCACAUUCGCGAAGGUGGUUGAUCUCGAGACCGGAGACGCACUCGGACCGAACCAAACAGGCGAGAUCUGUGUGAAAGGUCCGCUCGUGAUGAAGGGCUAUCUCGGGAAUGAUCAAGCGACGCGUGACAUUAUCGACAGCGAUGGCUGGCUGCACACCGGAGAUGUCGGGUAUUACGACGAAGAUCGGGACUUUUUCAUCGUAGAUCGCAUCAAGGAUCUGAUCAAGUACAAGGGCUUUCAGGUGCCACCGGCCGAACUGGAGGACGUUCUGUUGGCGCAUCCGGCCGUACGGGAUUGUGCCGUAAUUGGACUGCCGGAUGAUGAAGCCGGUGAACUGCCGGCGGCGUUCGUCGUGACGCAACCGAAUGUUCCGGUCGUUGGGGAGACGGAACUGGCACAGUUUGUCGCCGCAAGGCUUUCGCCCCAGAAGCGAUUGCGUGGGGGUGUGUAUUUUGUGGACGAAAUUCCGAAAACGGGUAGCGGCAAGAUCCUGCGGCGAGAGUUGAGAGCCACGCUGCAACGAAAGGCGAAGCUAUAG